CUUUUUGGCCACUCCUCUCCAAAACGCCGUCGUAGGAGGAUGAUCUACGGCCAAAACGAGAGUGCUCCACCAAAAAGCUAAAAAGCAAGGAGGGCUGCGAUAUCACACUGCUGCGGGAGGACUUGCCUUUUUCUUCUUCGCUCAAUCUCUCUCCCAUUCCUUAUCGCUUGCUCUAGGGAUUGCAGAGUAGAACCGGCGGACUCAGCCCGAUCUGAGCGAACUCGUUCCGCCAUGGAUUGAUCCUCUCAGCUGUCGAGUUUCUCGCAGUUUGUGUUGACCUCUCUUCCUGCAGUUUUUCUUAGCUCGAGUUGGUAAGGUUAUCAGCUAAUGGAAGAUACUGAACCAGUUGGAACACUCAUGGAUUCUACCUCCUGCAAGAUACAGCAGCUCCAGAAGGCAUUUGCUGAGCUCGAAAGCCACCGAGCUGUAACUCUCAACCUGAAGUGGAAAGAACUCGAGGAGCAUUUUCAUGGGCUCGAGAGAUCCUUGAAGAGGAGGUUUCACGAGUUGGAAGACCAAGAGAAGGAGUACGAGACCAAGACGAGGCAAGCACAGGAAGCUCUGGAGAAGCGGGAAGCUGCUGUGCAAGCCAAGGAACAGGCUUCAUUGGGGAGGCUCCAAGAGAAGAGAGAUGCUGCUAUGUUCGCUAUUACUAAUGCUUUAGAUAAGCACCGGAAAGUAUCUCCUGGAGAACCUGUUAUUGAAGCCAGUGAAGACCUGUGUGAAUCCCCUCUUGAUGACCAGCCAUCUGAUACAAUGCCUUCUGAGAGUAACUUGGGUGAAAUUGUUAACCCGGGCGAGGACGAAGAUUGUGAGGCAGUGUCUUAUCCUCAGCUGGUCAAAUUAUGUGAAGAGAUGAAUGCUGAUGGGCUGCAUAAGUUUAUAUCUGACAACCGUAAGGACCUAGCUGUUCUGAGGGAGGAGAUUCCACUUGCUUUGAAAGCUGCAGUUGAACCUGCUCAGUUGGUUUUGAACUCUCUGGAAAACUUUUAUCCCUUGGAAGACCCUCAUGUUGAUGGGAAGAAAGAUUCAAUCUUACUGGGUGUUCGCCGAACCUGUAUUAUGUUAAUGGAAUGCCUCAGCAUUUUGCUCAUGUAUUCUGAUCUAGUUUCUGUAUCUGAGGUAAUCUCGGAUGAGGUCAAAGAUCGAGCAAAGGCUAUUGCUGAGAUUUGGAAACCUAAGUUGGAAGCUCUGGACUUGGAUGCAAGCAAUGGGAAUUCCUUGGAGGCACAUGCAUUUCUGCAACUUCUGGCCAGCUUUGGCAUUGCUUCUGAUUUUGAUGUGGAAGAGCUCUCUAGGCUCAUUCCAAUGGUCUCUCGUCGCCGGCAAGCAGCUGAGCUCUGUCGAUUUCUUGGACUGUCUGACAAAAUGCCAGGUGUAAUUGAAGUUUUGGUAAACAGUGGUAGACAAAUUGAUGCAGUGAACUUGGCAUUUGCUUUCGAGUUAACCGAUCAGUUCUCACCUGUACCUCUACUGAAGUCUUACUUGAAGGAUGCGAAGAGAUCUUCUCUACCAGCUAAACCUGGGAAUGCAGCUUGCCCUGUGCAGAAUGAGGUGAACGACCGGGAGCUCGCUGCUCUUAAGGCUGUUAUCAAGUGUAUCGAAGAGCACAAGCUCGAGGAGCAGUAUCCCCUGGAGCCACUUCAGAAGCGCCUCCUUCAGUUGGAGAAGGCGAAAGCAGAAAAGAAAAGGGGAACCGAAGUUCCAAAGCCGCAAUCCAAGAGGCCGCGUGCCAAUGGUGUUGGUUGUGGUGGUCCCCGCUCCGCCACCACCACCAGUAACGUUGUCUCUGACAGGACAUUCUAUCCCCCAAGAGUCCCUGAUCGAUAUCCGCAGUACACUUAUGUCUACCAAGCACCUGCUGACAACCACCAUAUGGCGCCACAGCUGAUCCCUGCUGCACCUUACAACUUCAGUCCGUCUCAUGGCAACUACUUCGGAAAUGGGUACCAGUAUCAGACCACAUAUCUUCACUAAUCGGGUAUAAAAAAAGGAUGGCGGAUAAAAGGUGACACUGAAACCUCUUGUUUAACUGUUAGCCUUAACCCUUCAGCUAUUUCUUGUUUUUUGUUGUAAUAUUGAGCUUAGAAUCUGAAUCAAGACCCCUCUGAGAAAAAGAAAAAAAGAACAAGAAGGAAAACUCUACUCUCAUGUUAAUGUUUUAAUCUACUGUACCAGUGAUAACUUGAUGAUACUCUAAUAUAUGCACUUUCUUUCCUGUGUAUGCUACUGCCUCUGUUGCCUGGUUUGGUUUGUCAUCCUAUUUAACAACUUCUUGAGGUUUUUGAGUCUUGUCUGCCACUGGUUACUGGCAGAACCUGAAAUGCUUCAUGCAGGAACUCGUAAUGGUUUGUACUACCUAUCAAUUAGUCAAGCUUUGAUUGAAAGCGAGAAAU